GCAUCGGCAAAUCUUGCUUCCUUGAACAAGGCACAAAUUAAUUGUCCUGCUUAAACUGUUAGAAAACUCUGAGCUAGCCGAGAUGAGAUUGGUAGUUUUCCUGAAGUUUGUAGCAGCUGCAUUUGUAAUGUCCAAUCAUCUUGCCUACUGCAAUGCAGAUAUAAAUUGUAUCCAAAGAGCUACACAUUUUUUCAGAGAAAUAACAAAUAAAACAGGUUGCAUAUCGAAAUCUUCAAUUAACUUUUACCUGAGAAACUGUUAUGGGGUUUGUUCAAAAACAAUAUCUGAAGAAAAGACAGAUGGGUAUGUUGAAAUACUUCUAAAAUAUGAUGCCGAAGAAAUCGUAAGAUUGAAAGAUAAGAAGAAUACUGAAUGUGGAUACAAUCUUACAAAUAUCGUUAUAGAAUGCACCAUUGAAAAUAAUACACAGAGUAAGUUUCAAAGGUCUCAUUGUGACGUCAAUACUAGCCCUCUUAUAAUCAUGGCUGCCAUAUUCGGUGGACUCAUUGUCGGCUCUGUCGUGACAAUAUGUUUAAAAGAUAAACAGAUCUGUAUUAUGUUGGGUCCAAUAUUUCAAUCACUGACAGAAGACGAGAGGAAAACCUGUAACAACAGUGGAAUCCCUGAAGCUUUAGACAAGGAACUUUCCGAUGAACACAUUAGAACAUCUCAGCAGCAAUUGAAGACAAUUUUUCUGUAUGAAGAUGUCCAUGAUGAAGAUGUUUAUAAUCAUUUACGUGAAGAUAAUGAGUCCAAACCAGAGAGAGAACAAAGACAUUAUUCAACCAUGCAAAUGUUAUCUUCUCAUGAAGAAAAACCUGAAAAUGUCUUAUCUGAUGAAAAUGCUAAAGGUGUUGAUGAAAUUCAAGAAAAUACACAUCAAACGGAACAGUUGCAGGCCAACGCUGGAGGACUGAGCUGUAACGAAAUAUCUCCCGAGUGCUCGUGUACAUAUUUUACACUUGAAAGAAAGUUUUCUUAAAAUUUCAUUUUCAUAAGAUCGCAUUUUUUUUUAUGAGAAUUUAAUUUCACUUCAUGAAGUCUACAAGUAUGAGAGUGUGAUAUACAACUGCGUAAGAAUAUAGAGUGAUUUUAAUAUAAUGUCCAAUUUUAGUGGUCUUAAUUAUAUGAAAUUUUCAAUGAAAUAU